AGGAGACGAGCCGAGUAACGGCGCGAGCGCAGCGCGAGGAUGUUGCAAGUGUUGUGGUGCGGCGCCGUCGUGCUUUUCCCGGGACUUUUUUUCUGCCUCAGGAAAGCGCUCCCGUCCAUUUUCACUCAGUGGACCCAUGCCGACGUGGUUCUUGUCAGCGAGAGGUUGGUAUCCACUAUCCAUGCCAUCAUGGCCACAACAGCUGGAAUAAUUGUGGUUUCCUCCUGCAACAAUGUGAUAACAGACAGGCACUGGCUGGCCACUCAGUUUGUGGUUUGGUUUGGUGUACCAUACAUGACUUACGACAUCUAUGCCAUGUAUUUGAGUCACUAUUACCGCUUCCGGGUCAAAGGCCAUGAGGAGUACAAGGAGCAUUCUUUCCAGACAGUCAACGCAUUUGUCCGGCGUGAGUUCCUGCUCGUGCUACAUCACAUCGCCCUGCUGACCAUCCUUCUGCCCAUCACACUGUUCUUCAGGAAGGAUCAGGGGGACUACUUUAUCGGAUGCCUGUUCCUAACAGAGCUGAGUACUCCUUUUGUCUCCCUGGGGAAGAUCCUCAUACAGCUGGGUCUCCAGAAUUGCUGGGUGCACAAGGCCAACGGUGUAGCUGUACUACUGACCUUCUUCGUGUGUCGCAUCAUGCUCUUCCCCUACAUGUACUGGGCGUAUGGCCAGCACUAUGGCAUCUCCUUGUACAGUGUGCCCUUCCACUUGCCCUUCUCCCUCAACCUGUGCAGUCUUUUCAUCCUGGCACCCCAGGUCUACUGGUUUGUGCUACUGUGCCGGAAGGGCUACCGGUUGUACCAACGCCAGGGCAAGGCACAAGACUCUGCCGUCACCACAGACAACCCCAUGGAAGACCAAUAGAUCCCACUACUGCCACCAUUGCUACUGCUACUACAUCUAAUAAUGCAACUGCAUUACUUAUGUUAUUAAUACUGCUACUGCUGUUGCCUUGUUUGCCUUUAGAUCUACCUUCUUGCUCCCUUCUACCUUGCUACUGACAUUUUCUGGUUCCUCCUUAUUUCUAUACUUGCCAUCUCUCCUGUUUCCUUCAUUGUCAUCUUCCAUCCAGAAAUGUGAAGUAACUCAGGGGGGAGAAUCUAUGCAAAUGGCCCUUUUGAUGGGAGCAUUCAUCCAGGUUGGAUGAGACGCUUGCCUCCUUUUUAUUUGUCCCCAAAGGAUGGAGAGAUUGGAGUGUAAAUUUAGAGGUAAAAUGUCUGGUUUUUGUGUGCUGCCACAGGGAAAGGGGAGACUGGGUUAUCAGACCUUUGCUUAAUACUGUUUAAGCCAUUUAUGUUGUGGCUUAUUAGUUUAUUUCAAAUUCUCACUAUUCUCUCCUGCCUGUACUCUCUUUCUGUAAUUAAUCACCUAUUCCCCCUUUCCAUUUCUUCUUCUCUGUAGUUGUCAGGCAGUUCUCUGUGCAGACACUACCAGUUGUCCUUGUUCUGCUGUACAUGCUGAAAGUAAGACUGCAGAAUCUCGCAAAGCUUUGUCACUCUUUUGACCUUCGUAACUUCAGUUAUGAUUUGGGAACAGUACAUCUUCUUUUUUUUUUUCUUUUUUUUUUUCUUUUCU